AUGGAUGGAUUAGGGAGAUUGGGCCAUGACCUACCACGCGGGCCCAGUGCAGAUUGGCGGGUGCUAACAACUGCAAAUGCAGCCGAGACCAACGGCUUAACGUGCCUUUCUAAGCACGGAGGAACUCGAGAUAGAAGAUGACGAAGUAAUUGCGUACACUACCCACAUCGGACGUGCAGGGCGUGCUUGGUAAGAAGGCAUCACUACCCUGCGACAUCCAGCCCCUACAUUCCGACGACGACGUCGUUAUGGUGCUCUGGUUCAAAGAGUCAGAUGGAGAGCCUCUCUACAGCUAUGACAUACGAGGUCGAUCUAUGACGCAGCCAAAACUGUGGUCCUCCCCAUCAGUCUUCGGAGGCCGAGCUUUCUUCAGAGGAGGUGCGACACCUGCAGUCCUGAUGGUAGACGACGUACAAGCGGCAGACGCUGGGGUCUACAGAUGCAGGGUAGACUUCAAGAAUUCACCCACUAGAAAUUUGAAAGUCAAUUUUACAGUUAUAAUUCCACCAAAUCGUCCAAAGAUAUACGAUGCCAAAAAGAAAGACAAAGCAAAUUUAGUAGAACCUUAUAAUGAAGGAUCAAAUGUACACUUAAUAUGCGAAGUGGAGGGAGGGAGACCUCGGCCUAGAGUGACGUGGUAUCUUGAGAAUGAAAUGAUAGACGACUCAUUCGAGCAGAGAACAGAUGGAACCACAAUCAACACUCUCACAUUCCCAAAUAUUGGAAGGCAACACCUCAACGCAAGACUGGUCUGUCAGGCUUCCAACACCAACCUUGCACCGCCCGAGACGAAAGUCCUGAUCUUAGACAUCAACCUGAAACCGAUUUCAGUGACGAUACUGACAAAAGAAAAGCAAGUGUCGGCUGACAAGAGAUACGAAAUAGAAUGCAAGACGACAGGGUCCCGCCCCGAGGCGGACGUCACUUGGUGGAAAAACAAUAGACAUUUGAAGAGGAUGGAGAAAAAAUUCUCUGAAAAUAACGAAACACUGAGCAUUCUGAGCUUAGUGCCCAGCAUGGAGGACGACGGGAAGUAUUUGACGUGUCGGGCCGAGAACCCCAAGAUAAAGGACUCAGCCAUAGAAGACAAGUGGCGGCUGAACGUUCAUUACGUGCCCGUCGUAGACCUAAGGAUGGGAUCCAGCCUCAAUCCGGAUGAGAUCAAGGAGGGUGAUGACGUCUACUUCGAGUGCAGCGUUAAGGCUAAUCCUAAAACGCACCGGCUGGUGUGGUUUCAUGACAAUAACGAGAUCUUCCAUAAUGAAGGAGCAGGCGUAAUCCUCAGUGCUCAAAGUCUAGUACUGCAAAGUGUGACAAGGGCUGCAGCAGGUGACUACACCUGCAUGGCUGCUAAUAGCGAAGGGAAAGGAACUAGCAAUCCUGUUACCCUCCUUGUCAGAUAUGCUCCUGUAUGUGCGGAGAAAAGGGACGGCGAACUAUUUGGUGCUUUGAAACACGAGACGGUUUCAUUACACUGCUCUGUCGAUGCCAACCCGGCUCUCGUCUCCUUUCACUGGACCUUCAACAAUUCCGGGGAACAGACAGAAAUACCCCCUCGGUUAUACAGCAGUCAUGGUCAUACGUCAACCCUAAAUUAUACACCAACAACAGAUAUGGAGUAUGGAACCCUAGCAUGUUUUGGUGCGAACGUUGUUGGACAACAGAAGGUUCCGUGCCUCUUCCAGUUAGUGGCUGCUGGUCGACCGUUCCACUUGCAAAACUGCUCAGUAGCUAACCAAAGUAUCGACUCCAUUAUUGUGGAGUGCGUUGAGAACUUUGAUGGUGGGCUCCCCCAGACUUUCCUCAUGGAAUUAUUGGAAUUACCUUCAUUGACGGUUCGAUACAACGUUUCUACGAACCGUACUCCGCCCUAUUUUGAAAUUCGUGGACUGCCUCCUGGAGUGAGCUACAGAAUAGACCUUUAUGCUGUGAAUGCAAAAGGAAGGAGUGAUGUUACCACUAUUGAAGCUGUCACUCUUAAAGGACAAGCUAAAUUCACUGGGGAAAGUAACACACUUGGGAUGUCACCGGUGCUAGCAUCCAUAGCUGCCAUGUCUGCACUCCUGGCGACGGCAGUGUGCGGGGUUUUAGCUGUAUUAUACCGAAAGCAUGUUGCGAGGCAUCGGAACUUGCCGGCCAAACAUGCACCUUUAAGUGAGUCUAUGUACGUGGAGCGCUCAGGCCACUGCCCUACACCAGUCAAGAACGACACCGAGUCACGCGGCAGCAGUACAGAACCCCGUGAUAAUCACGGUGCUCGAGGUGCACUUUUACACGCACCCGAUCCCAGAGAUGUAGACGACGCAGACCCUGAUAUCAUACCCUGUUUGUACGAACGGCGGCCAGUCUCCAACGGCUAUAUGAGUCUGCAGCGGCCACCGUCGACAGGCAAGCUCACGAAACCAGGUGACGACGCCCGGUCGGAGCCUGAUGGUGGCUACUACACCGACUUUAGGAAGAAAGACUAUAGGAUACCUUUAACUAGCUCAUACCAUAGUUUAGGACGCGUCAACAAAGGUGUGAAUGCGUGUAGCCCAAGCUCAGUGGGUGGUGUGACGUCAUCACUGACAGCCCAUCGCCUCCGACCAGAGGUGGUUACAACGUCACACAGAGUCCAAGAGAGUUGUAUAUAG